AUGGAGUUCAACACCCUUGAACCGCUGCUAGACGUGCUCGAGGGCAAUGUCGACGACCUCGAAGAAGCCCUCGCCCCGCUCCUCGAUGCGCCCAUUGCCGACACCGCAAGCAAGCUGCCUCUGCUCGACAAGGCGAAGCUCUAUGUUAUGACCACUUAUGCGAUCGAGUCUAUCCUCUUUUCAUAUCUCCAACUCAACGGCAUCAAAGCCAAGGAACACCCUAUCUUCAUUGAACUCACCCGCCUGAAGCAAUACUAUGAGAAAAUCAAGCUUGCGGAGACCGGGCCCGUGAAGCAGAAUACGCGGCUUGAUAAGGACGCCGCGGGCAGGUUUAUUAAGGCUGGACUGUCUGGCAACGAGAAAUACGACCAAGAGCGCGCAGAAAAACAAGCCAAAGAAACGGCGAACACGUACAUCAAGUUCAACGAGCUGGCCGAGCAGCAGGAGCAAGUGCGGCUUUCGGUGAAGCGGAAGGCUGAUGUGGCGGAUGUAGCUCAAGAAGAAGAAGAAGAAGGGAGCUCUGAUAAGAAAGAGAAGAAGAAGGGCAAAUCUGGACGAAAGGCCAAGGGUAAGGGCAAAAGGAGUUCAUGA